AUGACAGGUCCAUUAGUGUACGUUCAAAACGCAGAUGGUAUCUUCUUCAAGACAGCUGAAGGUAAGGGAAGUAAUGAUGCAGUGAUUCAUUUGGCUAAUCAAGACCAAAUUGUUCGAGUCCUUGGUGCAGGAGAAUUCCCAGCUCAAGGUGAAGUGGUCAAGAUUGCUUCCUUGAUGGGGUUCAUCAAGCUCAAAUUGAACAGGUAUGCUAUUAUUGCGAAUACCGUGGAAGAGACAGGCAGGUUAAAUGGACACGUCUUUUAUAAGAUAUUGCAGCAUUCUGUGGUUCCCUCCAAGCUCAACUCAAGAAUCGAUUCGGAAGAAGCCGAAUAUAUCAAGCUGUUGGAAUUACACUUGAAGAAUUCUACGUUUUAUUUUUCAUACACUUAUGAUUUGACCAACUCGUUACAAAGAAAUGAAAAAAUUGGGCCCGUAUCCUCUUGGAAAACUGCCGAUGAGCGUUUUUUCUGGAACCAUUAUUUAACUGAAGACUUGAGAAAUUUUGCCGUUAAGGAUUCUAGAAUCGAUGCCUUUAUUCAACCUGUUAUCUAUGGGUAUGCCAAGACUGUGGACUCCAUUCUGAAUAAUACCCCUAUUGUCCUCGGUUUAAUUACCAGACGUAGUAUAUUCAGAGCAGGUACAAGAUACUUCCGUCGUGGUGUUGACCAAGAAGGUAACGUCGGUAACUUCAACGAAACCGAACAAAUCUUACUAGCUGAAAACCCGGAGAGUGAAAAAACACAUGUUUUCUCCUUUUUACAAACAAGAGGGUCUGUUCCAAUAUAUUGGGCAGAAAUUAAUAAUCUAAACUACAAGCCAAACUUAGUCCUUGGCGAAAAUUCAUUAGACGCCACCAAAAAGCAUUUUGAUCAACAAAAGAAGCUGUAUGGUGACAACUACUUAGUUAAUCUAGUUAACCAAAAGGGCCAUGAAUUACCUGUGAAAGAAGGCUAUGAAUCUGCCGUGCAUGCAUUGGACGAUCCAAAGAUUCAUUACGUCUAUUUUGAUUUCCAUCAUGAGUGCCGUAAGAUGCAAUGGCAUAGGGUCAAGCUUUUAAUUGAUCACUUAGAAAAAUUAGGUUUGUCUAACAAAGAUUUCUUCCACAAGGUUAUUGAUUCUAAUGGUGAGACCAUUGAUAUCAUUAAUGAGCAACAUUCUGUCGUAAGAACCAAUUGCAUGGAUUGUUUGGAUAGAACAAAUGUCGUUCAAUCAGUUUUAGCACAAUGGGUCUUGCAGAAGGAAUUCGAAACUGCCAGCGUCAUUCCUGCUGAGACCACGUGGGAAGAUAGCGCUCCAUUACUAUCCUCCUAUCAAAAUUUGUGGGCAGAUAAUGCGGAUGCAGUCAGUGUCGCUUACUCAGGUACCGGUGCCUUGAAGACUGAUUUUACAAGAACUGGUAAACGUACGCGUUUAGGUGCGUUCAAUGAUUUUAUGAAUUCGGCGUCACGUUAUUACCAAAACAAUUUAACCGACGGUCCAAGACAAGAUUCGUAUGAUUUGUUUCUUGGCGGGUUUAAGCCACAUGUGGCUUCUAUCAAGUCACCGUUCCCCGACAGAAGGCCUGUGUAUAUUCAGCUGAUUCCAAUGAUUAUUUGCGCAGCAAUAACCGUUUUAGGUGCCACGAUUUUCUUCCCUAAGGAUAGAUUUGCCAGUGGCAGGAAUAUGUUGUAUUUCGCGGGUGCCGCAGUCAUCUUGGCGCUGUCAACCAAGUUUUUGUUCAACAAUGGUAUCCAGUAUGUCAACUGGCCUAAGUUAGUUGAUGUUGGAUUCUUAGUCGUUCACCAAACACACGAUAAAGAGCAGCAGUUUAAGGGUUUGAAAUAUGCACAAAGUCCUAGAUUUUCUAAACCAGAUCCUUUAAAGAGAGAUUGA